AUGGCGCGGCUCCUCCGAAACGCUUCUUCUCUGAGACGCUCACUGUUUCCUCACCUGCAGGAACCUAGGAGAGGAUUAUUGGGUACAUCUACACAGAUGUACAACUUCUCUGCUAAAGCUAAAAAGAAAACAAAAUCAAGUGCAAGUGAUUCUGCUGAUGAAAAUUUGUCAAAGAAAGAUUUAGCACUGAAGCAAGCUUUGGAUCAGAUCACUGCAUCGUUUGGGAAAGGGUCCAUUAUGUGGCUUGGCCGCACAGUUUCAUAUAAGAACACUCCAGUGGUGUCUACUGGAUCAUUUGCUCUGGAUGUUGCUUUAGGAGUAGGAGGACUUCCGAAGGGACGUGUUGUGGAGAUUUAUGGUCCAGAAGCUUCUGGAAAAACAACUCUUGCGUUGCACGUGAUUGCUGAAGCACAAAAACAAGGAGGCUACUGUGUCUUCGUAGAUGCUGAGCAUGCUCUAGAUCCAUCAUUAGCUGAGGCAAUUGGAGUAAACACCCAAAAUUUGCUUCUCUCACAACCAGAUUGUGGUGAGCAAGCUCUCAGUCUGGUGGAUACCCUAAUCAGGAGUGGUUCAGUAGAUGUCGUUGUUGUUGAUAGUGUGGCUGCUUUGGUUCCUAAAGGUGAACUUGAUGGUGAAAUGGGAGAUGCCCACAUGGCAAUGCAAGCAAGGCUUAUGAGUCAAGCACUUCGCAAAUUGAGCCACUCAUUAUCUCUCUCGCAGACAAUAUUGAUUUUUACAAAUCAGGCAUGGGUGCGGGCAAAACUAUCCACUUUUGGAUUUGGCGGCCCCUCUGAAGUUACUUGUGGUGGAAAUGCCUUGAAAUUCUAUGCUUCAGUACGUCUUAAUGUUAGGAGGACAGGGUUAGUCAAGAAGGGAGAAGAGACAAUAGGAAGCCAAGUAGUUGCGAAGAUAGUAAAGAACAAGCACGCCCCUCCAUUCAGAACGGCCGAAUUCGAGCUAGAGUUCGGCCGUGGCAUUUGUCGUGAGGCCGAGCUCAUAGACUUGGGAGUCAAACACAAAUUCAUCAAAAAGGCCGGUGCAUUUCUUUAUUUGGGGGAACAAAAUUUUCAAGGCAAGGAUGCUCUGAAGAGAUACCUUUCAGAGAAUGAGAGCGCAAGCAACGAGCUCAUGAAUAAGCUUAGAGAGAAGCUUGUAGAUACCGAGCCUGAAAGUGAGAAUGAAUCUGUUACUGGUUCUGUUGAUGAGGUUGCUUCAUCUGAUUCGACCGAUGAAGAACCUCUUGCUGCUGCUGUUGAGGCUUAA